GCUUACGCUAAGGUUGGCUCGGGGAGUUCGAGCCGGCGUGUGCCGCCAGUCAGUCACUCGCCGGUCGCCGGUACAGCACGUUGCUCUGUAGCGCGUUGCUUUUGCUCCACUUUUAUGGCUCGUUAACAUUGCUCUCUGGCAUGCGUCAAAUCCUCCGGCCAAAUAGUAAUAGAUAUUAAUUAUGAAAUCUUUCGUGAGAGUUACUUGGCCGCUAGGAUGCUGAAUACCGGAGCAUCCGGACACCUGCUGCUCCGAAUUGUGAGUGUAACCCGCUUCUACGUACCAUCGUCUUGGUUUCGUUCAUGCGUCAGUCUCUUGCGUGUAUAAUUUCUAAGCAUUAGGAUAACUUCGUGUUACCAGCGUUUCCGUGCCGUUUGUGCUGUGAGUGUAAAGCCAAGUGUUUGUUUCCACGGCCACCUGUUGCGCGCCCAUACGUUCUUGUGUCACGUUGGAUUACCAGAUUACGAGUGUCGUCGGGAUGCCGUCCUUGCCGGGAUAGACGCGAUCGUCCAGACGCGGAAAGGUGUAUCCGGAGCGAGCUAGGUGGUGGGGGGACUCGGAGGUCGGGAGAAUCUAGUGAGGACGCUGGGCGUAGCGGCGACGACAUGAAGCAUGCAGCAUGCGUGGUAGCGGUGUCACGGCUGCGCGGUCCUGCCUUCAACCCCUGGUGUCCGCCAGCCGCUACCUCGCCGUACACGCCCUCCCAGGUGAUCCUCUCUACUUCGUCGUCGAGGCCAAGUCGAGGGUAAAGGAGGUUUACGCGCAGACAUGCGUGCUUCUUGGUCAGCAGGGCAUGCGAGACUGCGAACUAUUUGGUCUGGCUAUACUGUCCGACGGCGAGUACCUCUUCGUGGACCCCGAGAAUAAGCUGAGCAAGUACGCACCUAAGAACUGGCGGAGUUCUCAUACAUACGGCUUGGACAGCAGUGGACGACCGGCAUUUGUACUUUAUUUUCGUAUACGAUAUUACGUGGAUACGCCAUUGCUACUCAGCGAUGAGACAACGCGCCACCACUAUUACCUGCAGUUGCGUGAUAAUGUCGUCCGACAUGGCGGCGGGGUGGAAAGUCUGCACCCCCAUCAUCCCCUGCAUGCACCCGCGAUUAUUGCAUCUCUACUCGGGUUGGCGGGACUUGCCCUCCAGGCCGACCUCGGGGACUACUCCGAAGAACGUCACAGACCCCAUGCCGGAUCCGUCGGUUACUGCAAACCCACCGACUAUCUUCCACCCCACAUGUGUCUCGAGCCGAACGUCCUCGGCGUCCUGGCGGCUCAACAUCGGGACAAUCGCGGCCUCUCCAGGGAGGAGGCUGAAUUGCAGUAUAUCCGGGAGGCGGUGCUGCUGGAGGCGCCGCUCAACGCCCACCUCUAUCGGCUUCGUCGAAGCAAGAGCGAAGCUGGACCAGGACGUAUCCUCCUCGCAAUCUGCGCUCGUGGUGUACGAAUCUACUCCGAGGAGGGAACACCCCGGAUCUUCGCCUGGAACAACAUCGGCAAGCUAUGCUUCGACCGUAAAAAGUUUGAAAUUCGCGCCGUCGAUCAUCCAGACAAGCUCACCCUGUACAGCGGAUGUGACGACAAAAGUAAACUGUUGCUCGGUCUCUGCCGGGACACUCAUCAGUUCUCCAUGGCUAUAGCACCAAGAGUCAACGAGGCGAGACGUCGGGAAGAGGAAGAGCGCAAGGUUCUACGUGAUUGCUAUAUGUAUCCAGCACGGUGCAAGCUCAGCUUGGCUGCGCGGGGCGCUCGUGGCGAUCAACGGAUAUCAGUGAUAUCCAGCACUUCCUCGAAUACUACAUCUGGAAUCGUUAGUGACCGCGUUCACAGUGAGGAUGAACCCGACACGGCGCCUGCAUCUACAGAAUGUCUACCCAGACUUACUGAGAUACCGAAUCACGCUCAGGCACAGACUAUUGUUAAUGGAGUUGAGGCAGAUGAUCGAUCCAGGACUUCAUCACCUGUUUCCACUGUCGACGAAGUUGAUGGUGCCGAAACUGCUCCUUCUUCUGCAUUACGUAUGACCCUGAAUGCUGCAACUGCCGCCGAGGGAUCUCAGUGCAGCAGCAGCUGCAGCACGGUUGUGGUAGUGAGUGCACCUGCGAGCGGACCGCCUCCAAUGCGUCGACCAUCCGCCUCUUCCAGUCUGGAACUUGGCUAUUCUCAUACUGCUCAGAACUCAGCCGUUUCGUCGGAAGCUGCAUGCUUCCCGGGAGCGAUAUACGACAGGUGUAAAAAGGCUGGAAAAUACGCUGGUACGGACAUUGCUAGUGAGACUAGCGGAGUUUAUACCGUGCGAAGCAGCGAAAUGCAGGAUGAAAGAAUAACUGAUUUGUAUUCUCCUACGGGUGACGCUAACGAAUCUUCGACAGCAAGUGACGUUUGCGCUUUGAGUUCUGUACAAUCUACCACUGACGAAGCUUCAGUUACUUCUGGUUUUUAUACUAUUCACAGCGGACUGAGAUCCGAGACAAGUGGUGUUUAUACGGAGGAUGUGAAUACGGAGGAUCAGGAGCCUAUAUACAGUGUGUGCAGGGGCGAUGAGGAUGUCAGUAACCUGGCUUCUGGUAUAUCUGAAGUAUCUCUGGAUCCACCAUUAGAUGACACCAGAUCCAGAAGUAAUAGUAUCCUUAGUGCAGGAAGUUUCAGAGGUGACGGAAGUGACCCUUCUGAUGUGGGGCCAUUACUGUCGGCGGAUGAAUUAUCUGAUCUCAUCGUGGGACGUUAUCCGCCAAGAAAGACCAUAAGCAACUCAAUGGAUUCUGAUUGUGAUUAUGUGACUAUGCCGCCUCCAUUACCACCGCCAAGAACAGACUCAGACAGACAACUGCCACCUCCACCGCCUUAUCCGUCCAAUAUCAAUUACACUACCAUCAAGUCCUCUAGGAGUAAUGCUAACGUGGAUCGUGAACCGCCACCUCCACCGCCUUACAAUGCAGUCAGGGGUGACUUUGUGCCAUUGCCACCUAGAAGGGCAGAGCCACCUCCACCACCUCCUUACACUUCCCCCAGAGAGAGAAUACAAAUUCCACCGCCUACUCCACCAAGAAAUGAUGCUGUUACUCCUAGAGAGCCACCUCCGCCACCUCCUUAUCCUGAAAUUCCUACUGAUCGACAGGAGGCUAUAUCUACCCUAUAUCCUAACAACGCAAUCGAAGAUGUCAUCCCAAGGACUGUACCCAGCAAGUCACAUUCUAAUCUCUCUCCUAUAAAAAACAACAUAGUCCCGGCAAUGUCAACAAACUUCACUGGUAUCGCUAAUGAAGGACCACCAAUUACAGCUCCAAAACCACCACCUAGAAUACAACCACCGACGUAUCCUGGUGAUAAAAUGAAACCGACUCCUGUCCAUGCACCAGUUGCAGCUCUUGUGGUGGGUCCAAAUAAUUAUUUGGAUGUUCACGCGUCCAGAGGUGGUCCAGUAUUAUUGCCAUAUCUUGCACCACCACCUCCGCCACCGACAACGCAUACCAGACAACCACCACCUCCACCGCCGAGCUUAGCAACUGUAUACACCAGUCAGGUUGCCAGGUCCCAGAUCGAACAAUACAAGCAACAAUUGUAUUCUGACGUGGACUAUGUGAUGUUUCCUCUGAAAGAUCCAGCGGUCUCUAAACAAGAAUACAUUGACGCUAAACAGGGUUCUCUCCUUGCUGCAAUGGCUGCUUAUCCACCUCCACCAUAUCCAUCUGUCAAUAGCAAAUCCUCAAUGAUGUAUCGCAGCACUCCAUAUUUACCUGGAUCAUCAUUCUCAUCGCCUUCAAAGUAUGCAUCGAAUCAGAAUUUGAGCACCAGCGACAUCAGUUCCAGUGGAAAUUACUUGUUACAUGGAAACAUGAGCAGUCAUUAUGCAGCUAGUACCAGCUCCUUGUACAGUGGCGUCACCUGUUCGUCUGCUGGAAGUCAUAGUCUCCGUCGUGAACCACCGGUACCAACGCAUCCACACACACUUCAUACAUUCUCCAGAACUAGAAGCGACGAGAAUAUUUUGAAGAGUUUUGAAUCUUCGGUAAGCAGUAAAAUGCAGUCUCUUCCUCAGCCCAAGCAUCGAAGGCUUCCACCACCACCGCCACCACCCCCUUAUGAAAUUCAGACUCUAGAGAAGAGUCAACCACUACCGUCAGCCUCUUUGUCCGCGUCGUCUUCGAAGAAGACAACGAAGCCGAUAAAUAGAUGCGACGUCGUGACGCCUAGCGCCAUCGAUAGACAAGAUGGCAAAGAUGACGGCAUGCUAGAUAUUCGUACUUUGCGUGAAAAAAGUAGAAACUUAGAUCUACCAUUGAUCUCGGCUCUCUGUAACGACAGAUAUCUACUGAAGCAGACGAAGGCAUUCGUCCUUCCAAAGCAUCCUAGCGAGACAACAGUGCAAUCGUCUUCAAAGAGUGUCUCGAGGAGUAACGGUGGCACGUCAAGUAGGAAUAAAUACCCAGUGAGCGGUUUGUCCACGACACAAAUAUCAAAACCACCUAGAAAGUCGUCGACAAGUACGCACAGGCAUCCAGCUGAGGUUAAGGGUAAUGCGUACAAGGUGAAUACAGCACCAGGAUUAUCGCCAGCCAAGAAAGAUCCUACGAGAGCAUUUCAUUCGUAACACUGGCCACAUUCCUGGAAUCACCUCUUAUGAUAAAGAAUAUCAAAUUUUGAAAGGUAUACGUUUCAAGAGGGAACCGUUACAAAUUCUAUAAUGCACAUCAUUCAAAAAUCGUUCUAACGUCUACGACGAGAUUUUCACGUAGUGUCGUUUCCAUAGACCGUGCUUCUUCAACUCAGGGUGCCAUUUUGUCUCGCUUAUCGUCGCGAUACUGCUGGCCAGGGGUCGGGUACGCUUACUGGUCUAUUUAAUUAACCUAACUGUAUCGUAAAGCACCUAAAACAUACGGAGUUCGAUGUCUAUCGAUAAGUUCAAUGCAUUUGAGCCUUUGUGACAAUCAGUAUACAUAGAUAGUACACUUGACCUUUUCUUUGAGAUCCAUCUUAUGCUUUACAUCCGACCCAUGUGUCGUUUUUAUUCACUUAUCAUUUAUAGCAUUAUUUAAGCGGACGCAACGCCACGUUGCGGAUCUUUAUACAAUAUAUUUCGAAAUCACCUAUUUCUUGAUCCGCCUCUCUGUGUCAUUUUAAGACGAUCCUACUGCGGAAGAACCGUGACCGGAUUAAGUCGUAUUUAUUGGUCGUGUUGUCGUUGCGCGCAAGGCGACAUACGUCCAAUAAUUGUCAUUUGCUCAAUUGUAUCUGGCUCGACAGGUCGUACGAUAAAAUUACUAUCUAGACGGGAAUAGCGAUAAAAAUUCUAACGACUGGUCAAACGAUCGCUACUUAUUCAUAAUGUACGAUAGUUCUCUUAGGUACUAAUUGCACACCCACGCACGACAAAUAAAUAUAUAUAUAUAUAUAUAUAUAUAUAUAUAUAUAUACACUCUGAGAGAAACUCGUAGUUGUGUUCCUUACAUGCUAGAAAAAACUUCUAAUAUUUCACACCUUGACGUUCACAAGUGUAAUGAUAUAUGUAUUUAUUUCAAACCAAUCUCUUAUCUGUGUAGUAUCUCGUCAUAUGAGCGUAAUAGUGCAUAGGGAUUUUUUAAAAAUAUUUUUUACAUCGUCUUUCGAGGUACGAGAAACUCGCGGAACAAAGACUUUGGCGAGCGCAGCCAUUUUUUAAUACUUUAUUUCAAUUUAUCCUAAGAUAUUAUGAUGCUGUACUUUUUGGUACGCCUAUUAAUACGGUGUCGCAUGAGAUACAGCCUAAGUGUUUUUUUUUGUAUUAUCUUGAUUAGAUUUUUGCAAAAUUUUUUCGAGAUGUGGAUAAUGUUUCCCUCUCGCUAUCUCUCUCUCUCUCUCUCUCUUGGUCUGUCUGUCUAUCUCUCUCUUUCUCUCUCUCUCUCUCUCUCUCUCUAUCUCUCUCUGAUUUCAAGUUAUAGAAUAAAAUGAACAAUGUUAUGACUACGGACGAUGGUCAAUGAUUCUGCAACCGUUGUAUACGGUUUGAAUGGCAUACUUGUCAUGCUUUACAAUCGUAUCAUCUAAUCCGAACGUUUUAGCGCAUUUAUGGCGCAACAUUUAUUGUAGCUUGUAAUGUAAGGGUAAUGAUUUUAGUCGUAACACCGAACUAUAUUGAAUGACGAUUAGUUAUUAACGAUAGAAUACGAUUCAUGUCUGUAAAUAUUAACGCGUGAAACUGUUGGAUUUGAUGUAGUCGAAAACCUCACGUAUUUACCACGCGCCACCUCAUCUACGAAUAAUAAACAUUUUUUAAUGAAAGGAA